GCUAUGGCCUUUGUGUUAGUAAACAAACAAGCAAACGAGGAAGAGUUGAAUAUAUAUUCUCUUAUCAAGAUUUGAGAAAAGAAAGCCGAAAAAUGUCAAGGUUCCUGCACAAUUCAUUAAACAUACUAAAUAAAGUAAAAAAAGUGCCAAGUGUUUACACUUUCUCCAAGUACUGCAGUACUCCUGCUCAACCUGUUGUCAAAGGAGUUAUUGCGAAACGUAUUCCUACUUUUGUUAAUUUGGAAAAGGACAAAACAUAUUCUUGGUGUUCUUGUGGUUUAAGCAAAAAACAGCCUUUUUGUGAUGGAUCACAUAAAAAUGAUCCGAACCAGCUCAAGCCUGUUCGCUUUACACCUUCCAAAACUGGACGGUUCUUAUUGUGUCGUUGCAAGCAAACUAAUAACAGACCUUAUUGUGAUUUAAGUCAUGUGAAAACAUUUAUACCUGAAAGCUUAAGGAAAGUCCUGAAAAUAAAGUUGUAAAGAACUCCAUUGAAAAAUGAGUGCAGCUACUGUUUUCAAACUUAAACAUACAUUUUGUUAUUUCAUUAUAAUGUGUAGCUAAAUCCACUUCUGUUUGAAAGGUUAUUUUUGCUAGUUUUUUGUUUCUUAUUUCCAUGAUUGUUAAUGUUUGAAAUAUAGAAGACUCUAGUUGAUGUAGAGAAAAAAAAUUCAUUAAAAUAUUUUUUGAUUUUGCCUUU